AUGGCAGCGCAUGUUGAGAGCGCUAAUGUUAACGCACCAUGUGAAAAUGAAGAUCCUGGUGCAGCGCACUACGGAAAUUUUAUUAAUUAUUACACAUUCAACCCUCCAGGAAAUCGUUUGAGUUUGAUACCGACCACGCUCCUUCAGGAGGUUGGUUACGGAUAUGACAUCAAAGAAACUGUGCUUUUACUGGACGUGGGAUGUAACUCAGGGGACCUAAGUGUUGCUCUGUACAGACAUCUACUACAGGAGCAGCUACCAGCCGGUGAUUCUUCAAAACGGGACGUUCACCUGUUGGGGUUUGAUCUAGACAAAGACCUGAUCCUCCGGGCGCAGAGGAGCAACCCUCUGCCUCAAAACUUAACUUUUAUCCCCCUCGACAUUAUGCAGGAGAAUGCCUGUCACGCACUGGAGGUCUACCUUGAGAAGUUUGGAUGUUCAAGAUUUCAUUUAUGCACAUGUUUUGCUGUAACGAUGUGGGUGCAUUUGAACCACGGCGAUGCAGCGUUCCUCGAGUUUCUCUCGCGAAUCGCGAGAUUGAGUCAGUAUUUACUACUGGAGGCUCAGCCGUGGAAAUGCUACCGCUCUGCUGCCCGCCGUCUGCGGAAACUAGGGCGUAAUGACUUUGAUCAUUUCAAGACACUUAAGAUUCGCGGGGACAUGGCAGCGCAUGCCACGGAUCACUUAGAGAAGAACUGUGACAUGGAGCUCGUACAGAGUUUUGGUAAUACAACGUGGGAUAGAAAUCUUCUGCUUUUCAAGAGACGGUGA